AUGUCGUAUCCUUACUAUUAUGAACCUGCAGUGUCUAAUGGUGUCUACGCGAGUUUGUACGCCGGUCAGCAACCACCACAGCAGCAAUGGCAACCAGCCACGACAAACCCUAACGAGUAUCACAGCCCUCCACCCUUGCCACCAAGCGCAUAUGAACACCAGAAUAACUCAGAUACCUCUGCCGCGCCCUCACAUGCUGCAGUGAAUGAUUACGACUCUGCUCCAGUUUUCUACCCUCAGUUGCCUCAGCAGCCGCAAUGGCAAGCCAGCCCAUACUUCCCGACUGCGGCAGCGGGACUACCAGUGCCGACGUACACACCGCAAGCUGCCGGUGGGAAGGAUUCGAACAAUAAGCGCAAGCGACGGGAAAUGGAUCAUGACAGUUCACCAGGACUCAUCAACGUAGUGGGCCCCAACCACGACAUGCAUCGGGGUUCUCCAAGCAAAUCACUAGCUCCCAUUCCCGACAGCCAAGUGAGCAAGAGAUAUUGCAGUGCUGCACCACAGGCUGCAUUUCAAGAGUCCCUGAUACACGCGACAGAUGCUGUUCGAUCGUUUCCAGGCGCUGCGUUGCAACCAGUUUCAUUGGUGCCAUCCGUGGAACAUGUCAACAGCGGCAGCACUGCCUCUUGCUCUCGUGUGAAAGUGGAAGCAGAAAACAGGAAGAUGAAUCUGGCUAUGAUGUCCUACCCGGCCCCCAGCAGCCAAAAGCCAAUAUCACCUCCGCCGUCGCAGACUGCUCCAGAACCCCUAUCCUCUCCAUCAAGAGCUCAACCAAGUGCACGUGCUGCACCAAUGCCUGAUGAGCCCAUUUUAUGCGCCGAACAAGCAGCCCUUGUUGAUGUCAUCUGCAGCGGGCGCAACGUGUUUUAUACUGGAAGUGCCGGGUGUGGCAAAUCGACAGUCCUCAAGGCCUUUACGAAACGAUUACGUGCAAUGGGGAAGCAGGUGCGCAUUCUGGCCCCGACUGGCCGAGCCGCGUUGCAGGUGAAUGGCUCGACCACCUGGACAUAUGCCGGGUGGACUCCAGAUCACCAUAAGCAGCCUUUAGAGGAGCUGAAGAAAGGUGCCCAUGGGAAGUUCGUCUACAAACGCCUCGCCAAAGAAACGGAUGUCAUCGUCAUAGACGAGAUCAGCAUGGUUGAGAACCUCCAUUUUGAGCGGCUGAACGAGCUCAUGAAGGAAGCACGCUACAAGCCGUCCCGCGAAGUUCAGCCUGCAUUCGGUGGAGUGCAGGUCAUCGUUACCGGGGACUUUUGCCAGCUCCCUCCCGUGAAACCAUUCCAACACUGUAUUGAUUGCGGGAGGGGUCUCAGCGAGAGUUUCUAUCUCGGAAGCAAAAAGUAUUCUUGUACCAGCUGUCGCAACGAGUGGCAUGACCAAGAUAAAUGGGCCUUUAGGAGCAAAGCUUGGCAGGAAUGCAACUUCGAGCAUGUUCACCUCAGGCAAAUCCAUCGCCAGAAUGAUGAGGAGUUCAUCCGCAUGCUCCAAAAGACUCGUGUCGGAGAAGCACUCACAUCGUUCGAGAUCUCGAGGCUCAUGGAGCAUCCUUGCCGGGUGAACAACGCGACUAGGUUGUUUGCCACGCGAGAUCAAGUCAAAGAAGUCAACCAAAAGCAGUUCAAAAGGCUGACAGGUGUCAAUCACUGGUAUUGGUCUCGCGACGUCUUUAAGUGGCAAAGAGAAUAUCACCCACACCUGCAAUGGAAAGGGUUGCGCAAAGCCGAAGGGCCGCCGGGUGAAGAAGAGCUCAAGCCAUUGAAGGCUCUUGAGGACCACCGGUUUGAUGAACAGGUCCAGCUCAAGCAGGGUAUGCUCGUGGUCUUAUUGGUCAACUUGGAUCUCGCAGCGGGCCUGUGCAACGGGAGUCAAGGGCUGAUAUGCGGCUUUGAGCCCUAUGACCCUGCAAAGAUGCCCAGGGCAAGGACGGGCAAGAAAGAGGAACCAGAGAACCUGAUAAUGGGCGACCGUGCGGUACUGAAGGAGCAACAGAUCAAAGCCUUUUCCGAGAGUAAGGGAACUAGAAUAAAGAGAUGGCCCGUUGUGCGAUUCCACAACGGCACCACUCGAGUCAUCUACGCCGACUGCUCCAUAGCUGAACUGGGAGAUGAGAAGCCUUACAGCCUUCUCAUCCGGACACAGAUUCCGCUAGCUCCGGCUUGGGCGAUGACAAUUCACAAGAGCCAAAGCUUGACAUUGGAUCGCGUUAUCGUCAAUCUCUCAAGAGCCUUUGAAGAGGGACAGGUGUACGUUGCCUUAUCCCGUGCCACCAGCUUGGAAGGUCUCAAAAUUGAGGGCGAUUCUGACGCGCUCACUGGGGGCCUCGGCGGCAACAGAGAGGUACAGAGGUUUUUGCGAGAGAAUUUCGGGGCACUGAACGCUAUAUGCAGCAAAUAA